AGAGGGUGGCGAGGUGUGUAGCAUAGAGAGGCUGUUCUCUAGCAUCUGGUGGCAAUGGUGGAACUGGCCACCCCAGGAAACUCAGAGCCUGCCAUUUCAAGAAAAACUCGGAGAUCUGCACCUACAGCUAUCCGGACAUCAUUCUGGCAGUGAAGCUCAACAGACAGCGGCUGGUAGUGGUAUUGAAACAGAACCUCUACAUCCACAAUAUCAGAGACAUGAAGGUGAUGCAUACAAUCAGAGACACGCCCAAGAAUCCGGCCGGACUGUGUGCUCUAUCAGUGGAUAACGAUGGAGGCUACCUCGCAUAUCCUGGAAACAGUCAGAAUGGAGAGGUCCAAGUAUUCGAUGCAAUCAAUCUUAAAGCAGUGGCGGCCAUCCAGGCCCAUGAAUCUCCUCUGGCGGCCAUUGCCUUCAACAACGGUGGCUCAAGACUAGCAACUGCCUCCACUACUGGCACGGUGAUUAGAGUGUUUGGGAUUCCAAGUGGUGACAAACUCUUUGAGUUCAGAAGGGGAAUGAAAAGAUUUAUCCAGAUCAAUUGUCUGGCAUUCAGUAACGAGGACACUUUUCUAGCCACCACCAGCAGUACUGAGACUGUUCACAUCUUCAAGCUCACUAGACCCACCCAAGAGCGGGCACCAGAAGAGCAGCAGGGUUGGAUGAGCUACAUUGGCAAGGCCAUUGGGACCACAGCUAGCUACCUGGUCAGUGAUGAACAUACAUGUAAUGGAGGGUCAACACACAAUGUGUGUGGGUGUUGGUCUCUCUCUCUCACUGCAGGGCUCAGAUGCUCUGUCAAUGAACAGGGCAUUUGCACACAUGAAACUGCCCAAAGCUGGUGUGCGGAGUGUGUGCGCAGUGACAGUAAUCGACGGAGCUCAUCGUAUUCUGGUGGCCACGUCUGAGGGGAGGCUGUACGUGGGUGGAAUCGACCCCCGAGAUGGAGGAGACUGCAAGAUCCUCAGAGACUACAGCCUCGUAGGGGAUCCGGUGGAUGAAGAAGAUGGAGCAGUGGCAUCGGUAUGACAGAAACCUCUGUAGUGAACACACCCCUCGUAGGACCUCUCUAGAGGAAACCCUGUCCAAAGAACAGUUCUUGCAUGUAAAUUUAACCCCUGAAAACACGCCUCAAUACUACAGGCACUUCUCACUGGUGUUAAGAUUAGAAAGGUUCCACUGUAUUCUCCUUUCUAUAUACUCUGUUCUUCUUCCCAUAUUAGGCAUCUGGUGGUUUACAGACAUACGCGUCAGUGGCGUCGGGGGCGACUGACCACACCCACCAGGGCUCACCUGACGACAGUAGCAGAGACUCUCACGAACAGAACUCGACAGAGGAUGAAAAACCUCCCAGCACCCAUACAGUCCACAGCUAGUCACUAGCACACCCCACACAUCAUCACCACUCCCUCCCUCCCUCCACACGCAUGCACCAUUCACUGUCAUAUCGUACCAUAAUGAUAAUUGUGGUGGUCCUCUCACAAUGCACUCAGCGAGCACAUUAUCGUCUUAUAUACAUGUUUGUCAUAUCAGCGUCAAUGUGAGAGAUAUAAUUAUACUCCAAGACUUGCGCUUAUA